AUGGCUCCAAAGGUUCUUCAAGUCGGCAUCAUCGGAGGUGGGGACGUGGCCCAGAUUGUUCACAUUCCAACGCUUGUCUUUCUUUCUCGACUCUUUAAAAUUUCUACCAUUUGUGACGUCUCGAAGAAAACAGCAGAUCACUGCGCCACAAAGUUUGGAAUCCCGCGGGCGACAACCAACGUCGCCGACAUUUUUGACGAUGCCUCAAUCGACGUUGUUUUCGUCGUCACAUCUGACGAGUUCCAUGCUCCAUACACCAUCGCAGCACUCCAGGCCGGCAAGCAUGUCUUGGUCGAGAAGCCCAUCACCUUGAGCCUUCAGAGCGCACAAUCCAUCAUCGAGGCUGAGCGCACGGCACCGAACGGCGCUCGUGUGUUCGUUGGGUACAUGCGACGGUACGCUCCCAGCCUGCAGGCCUUCAAGCGCGAGGUCGCGACCAUCGAGACAAUCAAGUACGCACGAGUUCGCGACAUCAUCGGCUCAAACGCCUACUUCAUCGGACAGUCGGGCGCGGAUCCUCAGAAGUUCUUCGAUGACGUGCCGGCCGAAGCUGGCCAAGAUCGCAAGGCUCGAUUACAGGCCUUGCUCGAGGAGGCUUGGGGCACGCCGUUCGCGGACCUGAGUGCGGCUCAGAUGGAUUACUGCACUCUCUUGGCCAACCUCGGAAGCCAUGGCCUGAGUCUCAUGCGAGAAGUCCUAGGGGGCCUGCCCGAAGAAACUCUCGCUUCAACUGACAAUGCUCGGUGGUAUACUACUAUGUUCGACUACCGCAACCGAAUGGCUCCUUAUGACCGAUACACUGUUGUCUACGAGACCGGCAUCGACAGCGUCCCCCGUUUCGAUUCGGAAGUCGCUGUUUUCGGAGAGAUUAAAUCCGUCACCAUCUGCUACGCGACACCGUUUGUUAAGGGCCUUGGUAUUACCGUUGAGAUUGACGAGUUAAACGAGCAUGGCGAAAAGUGUCAUCGAUCCCUGCAAACAUCCUACGAGGAUGCCUAUACUGCCGAGUUGAAGGAUCUGUAUGCGUGUAUCGCUGAGGGAAAGGAGAUCAAAACAACAACUGAAGAUGCCAUUGAGGAUCUGAAAUUGUUCAAAAUGAUGAUGGACAAGUACCCCGCCCAUAAGAGGAAGCAAGCUGGUGAACACGAGGCUGCCGGAUUCCUCCCAUCGGGACCGUGA